UCCACCGCUAGAAAAAGCAUAACACUUCAGAAAUUUCUCACAUAGGGUUUGGAUUUUUCGAGCAAUAUUCUCUCUCUGUCACUUCACCUCACACGAUCUCGUUCCGAUUGCACGCGUUUUAAUGAUCUUCGUCUUCCACGGCCUCUGAUUUGGCUUUGAUCUCUCUUGUCGCACCUCUCUGCCAGAACCAUCAUCUCCGUGCAGGGCGACCACCACCACUACCACCACGAGAUUGGGUUUUCAAUUAGGGUUUUUGUUGAAUCGUUUCUUUGGGUUUUGAUUCUGGAAUUUGAAAAUUGAAGGGAAAAUGAUGGAAAGAAGAGAGGAAGAAGAGGGAGAGCGUAUGUAGUUGUUUUGGGGGACAUUGGAAGAAGCCCUCGAAUGCAGUACCACGCUCUUUCACUCGCUAAUUAGUGGACAUGUAGAGGAUGCUGUGAAGAGCUAUAAACAAGCAUUGAUUCUUCGUCCAGACUUCUCUGAACUAACUUACAAUCUCCUUCAUACACUUCAGCUUGAACAAAUAGAAUGCAGAGUUAAUAGUGCUGAGAGAGAAGCGAAGUUGCUAACCGAACAACUGAAACAUCUUAUAUGAGGAUCAGCAUGAUGAGCCUGCAAAACUAACAUUGCUGAUUACAUGCUAGCUGCCGUUGAAAAUUAAGAGACACAUAUCAGACCUCUGUUUUCCAAGGAGUUUCUUUUCUUCAAAUAUGGAUGAGAACAUGAAACAGUUCCAAAAGAAAUUAACAGAACUGGAAGUGGAAGCUGAGCAUCUUCUUUUAGCCCGACAUCAGCUGGUUGAGAACGAUAGAUUGAGAAAUGGGAAUAGAGAAGCACUUACUGCAUUAAGGAAAAGGGCUCGAACAACAAAGAGCAGUGUUCCAUCUCCUUUUGAAUCAAUAAUGAAGGGAGUUGCAGGGUCCAGCUCAAGACCUUUGGUGCAAGAGGUUUGCACCACCUGUGGCAAACAUGACUCUUCUGAGCAGACGUGGAUGAUGUUUCCAGGAACUGAUCUGUUUGCCAGAAUUCCAUUUCAUGCGGCUCAUACUAUAUUGGAAACAGAUCAAACGCAGCUUGACUUCGAGUCAAAGAGACUACAGAGCAUUGUGAAGGAAAAAUCUUACAUUAUAUCAGAGGCAGGUGUUCUUGCAGACAAGAUAAGUCCUGGAGUGCUCAAAUCACUUGUAUCCUUAAACGACAAGCCAAAGUAAGAUGCUUUGAGCUGACUAUUUAGUGAGAAACCUUGUGGUGGCAGUAUCAACUGGGUGGAAAAUGGCAAGUGUUUUCUGGAAGUCUUUCAUGAGGCAUUUAGGCUGAGGUUUAUCUAUUCUGUUGCUGUGAUUGUGUAAAAAAGUUCCCAUGUUUAUACUAUGGCUGCUACAUUCAAUCCUAGAAAUGGAGCAAUUGUUACACAUUCAGAGCAUGGUUGGUUUUAACUUUUUUUUUAAAGAAAUAACCAUUUAUUUUUACAAACU